GGUGGGGCUCUGCUCUGAUUAAUUACCUUAGGCAUUCAGGGGUGGGGCUUCCUUCAGCCAUCUGCCUGAGAUAUGGGAGGGAGCUGGAGAAAGAAGGAGGGGGAGAGACUGCCAGAGAGGAAGAGAAAAGAAAGGAAGAAACAUUAGGAAGAAAAAGGAAGGAAAACGGUGUAAAGGGGAGUCAAUUACCCACCCUUAAAUAGCCAGCUUGGGGGGGAGGGGGUGGCCAAGGAAGCUGAGGAGGUGUGCCCCAGCACGGCUGCUUUGAAAGCUUUAUCAUCUGUUCCCCUUGGUUUAUGGAGAAAAAGAAAAUGGUAACUCAGGGUAACCAGGAGCCAACAACAACUCCUGACGCAAUGGUCCAGCCUUUUACUACCAUCCCGUUCCCACCACCUCCACAGAAUGGAAUUCCCACAGAAUAUGGAGUGCCACACACUCAGGACUAUGCCGGCCAGACCAGUGAGCAUAACCUGACACUGUAUGGAAAUACGCAAGCCCACGGAGAGCAGAGUAGCAACUCACCCAGCACACAAAACGGAUCUCUCACGCAGACAGAAGGUGGAGCACAGACAGACGGCCAGCAGUCACAGACGCAGAGUAGUGAAAAUUCAGAGAGUAAAUCUACCCCUAAACGACUGCAUGUCUCAAAUAUUCCUUUCCGCUUCCGGGACCCUGACCUCCGGCAGAUGUUUGGGCAGUUUGGCAAAAUCCUAGAUGUAGAAAUAAUCUUUAACGAGCGUGGCUCUAAGGGAUUCGGGUUCGUAACUUUCGAGAAUAGUGCUGAUGCAGACAGGGCCAGGGAGAAAUUACACGGCACCGUGGUAGAGGGCCGUAAAAUCGAGGUGAAUAAUGCUACAGCACGUGUAAUGACUAAUAAGAAAAUGGUCACACCAUAUGCAAAUGGUUGGAAAUUAAGCCCAGUAGUUGGAGCUGUGUACGGCCCUGAGUUAUAUGCAGCAUCCAGCUUUCAAGCAGAUGUGUCCCUCGGCAAUGAUGCAGCAGUGCCCCUGUCAGGAAGAGGGGGUAUCAACACUUACAUUCCUUUAAUCAUUCCUGGCUUCCCUUACCCAACUGCAGCCACCACGGCAGCCGCUUUCAGAGGAGCCCAUCUGAGGGGCAGAGGGCGGACAGUAUAUGGUGCAGUCCGAGCGGUACCUCCAACAGCCAUCCCCGCCUAUCCAGGUGUGGUUUACCAGGACGGAUUUUACGGUGCUGACCUCUAUUCAGCUGAAGAAAUGUUAACAUCUCACUCUAAAUCUCUCAGUGGAGUCUCUGUUCCCUUCUCUGAUAUAACAGAUGGGUUACUGCUUGUUAUAAUUAUUAACAUUGUGGUGUGGGCCAGGGCUAGGGUGGGCAAGGUUUACUCUUCCUUUGGGCUGGGGGGCAGUCGUUAGGGUAUGGAAUGUUAACUCAGUGGUGACUGACUGUUUCCGUAAUACCAGGUCGUUGUGGCUGCACGCUCUAGUAAUUGAGGCUGUGUACUUCACCGAGCUUGUGGUAGAGCCUAGGGCAAACCGCUGUCCCAAGAGAAUGCUGGGAUAGAUAGAGUUAGCCAACACAGUCUGAACGUGGUGAUUUUGCUGGUUGUUUUAGCUCCAGAUGUUGGCAUGCUUAGUUUUAAUGUGAUUAAUAAAUGUGGCGCCAUAUCCCCUCCCCACGCCUGAACCCUCUCUCUCCUACCCCCUUCCCACCUUGUUCUUUUUGAAAAAUUUAAGAAAUAGUAAUGAAAACCUUGGUGUUUCAAACUGCACUUUGUUCUCAUGUUCCAUAAAGCCUUCAGAUCUGCUGGCAGAACGGAAAGUUGAAAAACAGCUUCUCGGCCUGAAUCUUUAUGCACUCUGAAUUCCAGACUACAAAUACAUAGGUCUGGAUUUUGCCCUACAUUUUGGGGGAAAUAUUUUGUUGAAUGACCAAUUUAAGCAGCAACAGACAUACUCUGGAGCAAGAAUAUGUAUUUAAGAGGAAUAAGUCCAUGAUACACAAU